GCAUGUUGGCCAGCGCCCUUUUCUCCGCCUUCAGUCUCUCUUUUGAGAAGCCACGCGCAUUUGGCUUUGAGGGCGCCGACGUGAGAGCCUCUGGAUUCUCUGCUGCUUCUUGCUCGGGCAGGGUCGCCUAGGAAACGGGCCAGGGGCGCGCCGUCCGAGCCUUCCUAUGGCCGCGGUUGUGGCCCAUUGUGGAGCUAUGGGUCCCCUAGUGGGAGCCAUCGACCAAGGGACAAGCUCCACAAGGUUCUUGGUUUUCAAUGCAAACACAGCUGAAUUAUUGAGUCAUCACCAAGUGGAAAUCCAGCAGAAAUUCCCCAAAGAAGGGUGGGUAGAACAAGACCCAAAGGAAAUACUGCAAUCUGUCUAUGAAUGUGUUGAAAGAACAUGUGAGAAAUUGAACCAGCUGAAUAUAGACAUUUCCAACAUAAAAGCUGUUGGAGUUAGCAAUCAGAGAGAGACAACUGUAGUUUGGGACAAAGAAACUGGAGAACCUCUGUAUAAUGCUAUUGUAUGGCUUGACCUAAGAACUCAAUCUACUGUUGAAAGACUUCUUAAAAGGAUUCCAGGGAAGAAUAAAUCCUUUUUUAAGAGUAGGACUGGUCUCCCUCUUAGCACAUAUUUCAGUGCUGUGAAGCUACGCUGGCUUUUGGACAAUGUGAAAGAGAUCAGGCAAGCAGUUCUUGAAGGGAGAGCUCUUUUUGGUACUGUUGAUUCAUGGUUAAUAUGGUGUUUGACUGGUGGAAAAAAUGGAGGUAUUCAUUGCACUGACGUAACCAACGCCAGUAGGACAAUGUUGUUUAACAUUCAUUCAUUAGAGUGGGAUGAUGAGCUUUGCAAUUUUUUUGAAAUUCCAAUGGAAAUGCUUCCCAAAGUGCGAAGUUCUUCAGAAAUCUAUGGAUUACUGAAAAUCUCUCCUACCCUGAGUUCUGGAGCUUUGACUGGUGUGCCAAUUUCUGGGUGUUUAGGUGAUCAGUCUGCUGCACUAGUAGGACAAAUGUGCUUCAAGGAUGGCCAAGCAAAGAAUACGUAUGGAACAGGCUGCUUCUUACUCUGCAAUACAGGCCAUAAGCCUGCAUUCUCUGAGCACGGUCUCUUAACCACUGUGGCUUACAAAUUGGGCAGAGACAAGGAUGUCUGUUACGCAUUAGAAGGCUCUGUUGCUAUUGCAGGAGCUGUUGUUCGUUGGUUGAGGGACAAUCUUGGUAUUGCAAAAUCUUCAGAAGAAGUAGAGAAACUUGCUGCCGAAGUAGGCACAUCUUAUGGCUGCUACUUUGUUCCUGCAUUUUCAGGAUUAUAUGCACCAUACUGGGAACCCAGUGCAAGGGGAAUUAUCUGUGGCCUUACUCAGUUUACAAAUAAAAACCAUAUUGCCUUUGCUGCACUAGAAGCCGUCUGCUUUCAAACACGGGAGAUACUGGAUGCAAUAAAUAAAGACUGUGGGAUACCGCUUAGUCAGUUACAAGUUGAUGGAGGAAUGACCAACAACAAGAUCCUUAUGCAACUCCAAGCUGAUAUUCUUUGUAUUCCAGUAGUAAAGCCAUCCAUGCCUGAAACAACAGCACUUGGAGCAGCAAUGGCAGCUGGAGCUGCAGAAGGGGUGGGUGUGUGGAGCCUACAUCCGGAUGACUUCACAGCAGUAACAUGUGAACGUUUUGAGCCACAGAUCAAUCCAGAGGAAAGUGAAUAUCGUUAUACCAGAUGGAAGAAAGCUGUUAAGAAAUCAAUGGGGUGGGAAACCUCAGAACCUCAAGGAAACAGUGAAACUAGUAUCUUCUGUAGUCUACCUUUGGGCUUUUUUAUAAUGAGUAGCCUGUUAAUAUUAAUCGGAGCAAAGUAUAUCUCAGGUAAAUUCAAAUGAGGCGUUUUAAUGGAUUUCGGGAGACUUUAACAUCUCAAAAGAAUAUGGUGCUUUCUUAACAAUUUUAAUGGCAUUAUUUUGACACAGUUCAUUGUCAAAAUAACUAUUUAGGAAAAAGAUUUAAUCAGGAAUGAACAAAUUAUAGUUGCUACUAAUUAUCUGCUUUAAAAGUAAAGUGAAAAAAACCUCUUGGUUAACUUCUGUAACUGCCAUCACAUGUUUUGUCCACUUUGAAAUGAAACAUGAAAUAAAAAAAGUUAAUUUUUUUUAAAAAAAUCUAAAUGGUACACUUUAAGAACUUCAUUGUAUACACUUACAAUACACUUACACUUAAAUUGUGGUGAUUUCUUUUUAGAAAUUGCUUAUAGCAAUACUUUCCCAAAACAUCUUUCUUAUUCACUGAUUAGAUAACCUCACUGAGAUUUGAAGAUUCAAUAAUAUAUUUUGUAACAAGGAAAGAACAGUUAUUUAUUCUCCCUUUUCAUAUGUGUUGUUUAUCAUAUUAGGGAUUCUAAGCUACUAAGUAAAACUGGUAGACUUCAGAAAAUGUAUUUAACAUUAAAAUUAGUAUGUAAAAUAUACUGCAUAUGUAUAGCAAGAAAGCUAUAUGCCAUAUUUUUCAGAGUAUAAGACGCACCUUUCUC